UCCCAAUAGCUUCAAGCUCCCAUUAUAAUCGUCAACUAGCGUAGGCGUAUGAGAACCGGCCGCGAGCUCGGUCUCCGAUCCUCGGCCUAGAGUUUAACAAUUAUUUAAAAAUUGUUAUCAAUUUUUAAUAAUUUUUUACAAGUGUAAAAGUGGAUUUUUUUUAUUAAGAACAAAUAUCUUCACUGGAGACUAUCAUCUUCAAGAGCAAGAAGACUAGUCACAUAGUCUCAAGAUAAAUUAAGCACCAAGAGCAAUUGCAACAUUAGUUCUGGUGUCAGUAUCAUCAGCAGCAAGACCAAGAAGAAAUAAAUAAAUUGAUAAAUUAAAAGAAGAAAUAAAUAAAGAGAAGAAAUAUAAAAAGUGGAGGUGACAUGUGAGCACUUGCAUUGAAAUAAAAAAUAAAAUAGUCCAAUAAAUAGACUUCGGAAGUGGAAAUGCCGAGCACUAAGCCUAUAAGCAUGCGAAGAAGACUGUCUCAUCGACAAAAAUGGCCUUUGCACCUAGGAUUGUUUCUGGUGUACAUAAUUAUUCAAUUAGCGACGUCGUCAUACUCUGCGUCGACAUCUCCUCCAGAAUUGGGAGUCCCGACGACAGUUACACAACCAGCGACUCAGAAGCCGACUUCAACGCCUGCAGAACAAAAGAAAGAAGAAGUAACCGAAGCUCCCAAGGCGGUUGAGCAAGCGAAAGAGAAGCCCAAGGUGGAAACAACACCCUCGCCUAAGACAAAAGACUCUUCUAAGGACAAGGCGAGCGAACCGGCUGUCAAGAAGGAGGCUAACGCUACCGCCAAUUCGACUCAAGUUCUAACAACAGCCGCGCCGAGGUCCGCGAAUCCUACAUGGAGGCCGAAACGCGCAAACUGCAGCCCGCCUGCGAUCGAGCAGUUUCCCAGGCCGGUGAUGGGUCCUGGAGCGAGAAAACACGGAGGUCUUAUCAUCCACAUCCUCGUCGCAGUCUACACUUUCCUGGGACUAGCAAUAGUCUGCGACGAUUACUUCGUCGCUAGUUUGGACCGGAUUUGCGAAGAAUUGAGAUUAACUCCAGAUGUUGCCGGAGCGACGUUCAUGGCAGCUGGUUCAUCGGCGCCGGAAUUGGCGACUGUUAUAAUCGGUGUCUUCUUCGCCAAAGAUGACAUCGGUGUCAGCGGAGUAAUUGGAAGCGCAGUGUUUAAUAUCAUGUUUGUAAUAUCCGUCUGCGGAUUGUGUACCACGACAGUGUCGAAACUCAACUGGUGGCCGCUCUGCCGUGACAGUUUCUUUUACUUCAUCUCUAUUCUUAUCAUGCUUGGCACCAUUUACAAUGAAAUAAUAUCUUGGUCGGAGUCGCUUUUCAUGCUGAUCAUGUACGGGGUUUAUUGUGUCGUUUUGUCCUACAACAGUCGGCUAGAGCGCUGGGCCAAGUCUUACAACAUACCGUUUUUACCAAAAGACGAUGAGCCGGCUGAAGAAAGUGCUUUGGUGAGUUACAGGUCACUUCAAGAAGAUAGGACGUCUUAUACUGGACCUAACUCACCUGUUACUGAACAAGUUAGAUCUCAAGGAAUGGGUGAGGAACCAAUCCAACAACAACCACAAGCCCCACCAGCUCCAAAGCAGCCAGAAUAUUACAAAGCAAAAGAGCCAGAUCCAAACGAAGUGUCACCUCUGGAAAAGCCGACAGAAGGUGGACAGUGGGCUCUAUUCAAGUGGGGUCUCGUCUAUCCCAUUCAUUAUACAUGUCGAGCAACAAUGCCAGACUGCCGACAGGAGAAAUGGCGUAGCUGGUACCCAUUUACCUUCUGCAUCUCCAUGAUAUGGAUUAGCUUCUACAGUUACAUAAUGGUCUGGAUGAUCACAAUAAUCGGAAGUACCUUAGGGAUUCCAGACACCGUUAUGGGCUUGACAUUCGUAGCAGCCGGAGUGAGUGUUCCUGACGCGCUGUCCUCUCUGGCCGUCAUCAAAGAGGGUUUGGGUGACAUGGCUGUGAGUAAUGCGGUCGGCAGCAAUGUCUUUGAUAUUCUGGUGUGUCUUGGACUUCCUUGGUUCAUUCAAACUGCCAUGAUCCAACCUGGUUCUCAUGUUAAUGUUACUAGUAGAGGUCUUACGUACUCAACUCUUUCAUUACUUUCCACCGUGGUCUUUCUAGUAGUCGCGACUCACUUGAACGGCUGGAAACUAGAUCGAAGAUACGGAGUAAUACUGAUGGUUUGGUACCUAAUUUUCAUAGUCUUCGCUUCAUUAUACGAGCUCAAUGUCUUCGGUCAAAUGAAUCCACCUGUUUGUCCCAGCGUGUUUUAAUUGAGUAGUCAAUUAACUCCAUUGUUAAUGCUGUCAUUAACAUAAAAAUUAUCAUCAUUAUUGUUACCAUCAUCACAUCAAAUUAUAAUUAUAAUUAUAAUACUUAUCUCCAGAUUAACCAGCUUUUGUGCGUUUAAAACAAGUGCCCUCAAAUGGCUAGUUUAAUUUAAUUAAUGGAGAUUACUGUAAUUUAAAUACGUCAGAAUUUUUACUGUAGGACAGUAACAUUUUAUCAGUAUUAAGUUGUCCUGGUUAUUUAAUUUUAUUAUUAUUUUUUUUUAUUAAGAUAAAAGACCCAAUUAUUGACGCAAUUUUAUUCUAAUUAAAAAAAUAAAAUUUUAAUUAAAAAACUAUAUUUAUUAAUUUAUUAGUUGAUUUUUUUUAAUUAAAAUAAAAUUGCAAGGUCAGUAAUUGGGUUUUUUUUAUCUUAUAAUAUUAUUAUUAAAUACAAAAGCCUAUAUGGAGGACAAAUGUUUAACCAGUCAAUAGUAAAUGCAUUGCAAUUGUUAAUACCUAAUUACCAAAAACAAUGAAGAAAUAACAAUAAAUAAAAUAACGAUUGAUAGUCUUGAUAUCGUCCUAUAUACGGCAUUUGAUUAGAUGUUUAUGGGUGAAGACAUCGAAUAUAUUUAAACAAAAAAAAAACAAAAUUUUACUUAUAUAUAUUUACAAAGCUUUAGCCUAAUUUUUUAAACUAGCUUUUUGUCAAUCAUUUUAAUAACCACAAAUAAUAUUGCAUAGGCCUAAAACGCGUUGAUAUUUGUAUAAAAUUUAUAAAAAUAAAAAAAAAAAAAAUUAAUUAAUUAAAGACAUACGACGGAUGGUGAGUGUACUAGCAGAUUCGCUUCUUCCCAUCUUAUAAAACAUUACUAAUUCUAAUUGCUAUUGAUACUUAUAUUAGCGGAAUAGUUACUUAUGUAAAUUUCUUCCUCCAUCGCAUGUUUCUUCCUCAAAGUAAUUAUGUAAUUAUUAAAUUAUUGAAUGAAAAAACAAUUGCUCACACCACCCGCUCGUUAGUCGGCAUUUAAAUUUAAAUAAUAAAGUCAUCACGAGUGUAUUCAUAGAUUAUUUAUAUUAAUUAAUUAUUAUAUAUUGUAUUGUAUUGGAUUGUAUUAUUAUUAGCAUAGUUUGAUAAAAUUUUGCGAUGGCACGGCCGCUCUAAGAUUACUCGGCGAUUGAGAUCAAAGAGAUUCCUCGUGGCGAGAAGUUUUAUGUUAGGUGUAAAGGCAUCCUGUGCCUUUUUUAUCAGCGCUCAGAAAUUAACUCUCUUGUGGGGGGAAUGAUAGUUAUGAGAAGAGGUGAGAAGAAAUUGAAGGAUUUUAUUUAAAAAGAUUUGAGGAAGUUUGAGUAAAAAAAAUGAGAUAAUAUAAGAAG